AUUAUUGUCUGCAAAAUGGAUAAUAUGUCUGUUCUUUUAUUUACAAUUUUACUAAAUAUAUGUACUGUGAGUUUGACAAUUCAACAAAUGUGUGAAUUAGUUCCCGAUACGGGAUGCGGGAAUCUUGAUAUUAUACGUAUUUAUUAUAAUCCCAUUUUACAACAAUGUCUACCAUUUUCGUGGUCGGGUUCCGGUGGAAAUGCCAAUCGAUUUGUUUCCAUAAAAAGUUGUUAUGAGAUCUGCCAUCCGGCAGAUCCCGGCAUUAGGCGUAUCACUGCCACUGGAAUUCGUCCAUAUUUUGUAUCGCGAAAACCACCGAAAUAUUGCAACGGAAAGAUACCAGAAAUACCUGAAUUAGGCGUUCCUAUUAUGACAUUAUCUACUAAAUCCCAAACCACAACUACCCCAUCAAAUGAAAAAUUAUCCGCCGGAUAG